CAGCCUGAAUAUUUCAACAUUUGAGAGCUCGGAGGACGAGAAGGAGGUUCUCUGUCUGGCUCCAUCCAAAACCUGUUGAACUUCGGCCUGGUUGCUUCGGGUCCUCGCUCGCUGGGCUCCAUCACCCUCGGGUCUUUCCAGAAAAGGACCGAGGCUGGAGUGGAGAAAAGCCGAACUGAACCGUCUGUGUGUCCUUUGCCCCGUUGCACAACGACACAGUCCGGCGGGGUCCGGUUUCUCCAGCCCUUUGCCCCUGGACACGGGCUAAGGGGAGACCAAGAGGAGACGGGACGCGCACAAAUCGCGGGGAGAUGGACUUGGGGUACUUCGCCGUGUUGCUUCUCAUCUCUGGCCCUGCAGCCAUGACGACAAGUGUGUUGAAUUCCUUGGGAUGUGUUCCGGAGCCCAUCAGCAGAGACCAGGCGGUCAGGGUCUUCUACACAACCAGUGUGGUGCCCAGCGGUUGUGAGGCCCACGGUCCGAUCGAUCCCAAGCUGGAGGUCCAUGUUCUGAAUCUGAAAUACAGCAGAUCCCAGAUGUCCACCCUCCAACUCAACGUGUCUUCGGGGGCAGCCAAAGGCGACUGCAAAGCCGUCUUCAUCCUGAACUCCAACAGCAGCUUCGUCCUGAGAAUCCAUUCAGACGAAGAUUGCCGCCUCCUCCUCUUUCACAGUCCUCGUAGCUACGUCCAGCCUUUUUUCAACCAUAACUCCACCGCAAUCCUCCUACCUUACUCCAGCGAGCAACUUUUGAGAUGGGCCAAAGAAACGUACGGUGGGGUAUCUUCCUUUGCGGAGUUGGAGGACCCUCAACGGAUUCUGUUCCAAGUAGGGAGAGAGCCCAGCGCAAAUGAAGACUGCACCUUGACGCAGAAUUUCAACGCCGAGUCGUAUCUAGAGGUAGAGGUCCUUUCGCACAAGGUGGAGACGUGCCUGGAUUCCCACAAAGCAUCUGGAAACGUGGCUCACAUCCUGUGGCUGCAACAGAGCCCAUCAGGCGAGACUAGGAUGCAGACGGUGGAAGUGAACAUAAAAACAGUUUGCAAGGACGGACGUUCGGAGCAGAGAGCCGAGAUGCCCUUGGCUCUGUGGCUGAAGAGCCACCAAAACAUGCUGUGGAAAAUGGGCCACGGGUUUUCAUUCGUACAACUCUUGGCAUCUGGUAAAUAUUCAUUUGCUACCUUCUCUGGAGUGCACAAUGGUACGACCCUUCCAGACAACAAGGAGGAACUGAUUCAAAAGGCCCGUAACAAUUCCUUCGUGGCUUCCUACACCGAAAUCCCUUCGGCCAAAAUCAUCAGCUUGGAAUACAAGAGGAUUUGUGGCUCAACUGUCGUCACAACUACCCCAACACCCCAGACAGCCGAAAACCUGACCCUCAAAGUCCAUCACCUCAUCAACCUUUGCAAACCGUGGAAGUGUUUGGAUAGCAGCAUCGAGAUUGCUGUCCUCAAGAUUUAUCUGAAGGCUUUACCUACGCAGGUGGAUGCCAUCACCUUGAAAGAUCCCAGCUGCAGGGCCAGAGACAACACAACUCAUUUUGUACUCAACAGCAUCCUGGACAAAUGUUCCACCCAACUGGAAGGGGGUGUCCAUGUGAAAAACCAGCUCAUAAUAACGUUGCCGGUGUUUCCGGGAAAAGUGACGGUGCCCUUUGAAUGUGAUCUCCCAGAGAAAGUUUCUCUCCAGCUUUACAACUCGGAAGAUUUCGCCUCGCCGAGCAAUCCGGUGAUACAAGCUCACCAAGUUACCUACGUGGAGGUCUCGCUCCGAACCGCCAUGAAACAAUUUUCUCUAGAAAUGGGAGAUUGUUUCUUAAAACCCCGAGACAACCCGCCUCAGUUGCUCUUCCACCAAGGGGUCUCAAUGAGCUACUCGGUGGCGACCCUGAAAUCCCCCAGCCCAAAGACUCAACGCUUCAGCUUCACCUACAAGCCAGAAGAAGAGCUGUGGUCCACCGAUUCGGCCACCCUGGUUUGCGUGGUCCAUCUAAACACCUCGAACGGCAAACUUCGAAGUUACGAAGGCUCUUUAGAGGUGAUGCUGAAAAACUACAACCCUGGAUCCCACAAUGAAGGCUUGAGGAUUAGCACCGUGCUGGGAAUCGCCUUUGGUGCUUUUCUGAUCGGAGUCCUGCUCACCGGGGCGUUGUGGUACAUCUAUUCUCACACUCGUCCCAUCACCAAAACCCAACCAGCCUCGGCCAACCCGCCUGCAUCGGAGAGCAGCAGCACCAACCACAGUUUGGGAAGCACCCAGAGCACCCCCUGUUCUACCAGCAGCAUGGCAUAGCAGCACCCUGAAAACGGGGGGAAGCCACAAGGACUUCUCAGAGGGAAAAGCAUCGGGGAACCUGCAGAGCGGUUGGGUUCCAAGGUUGGUGAGGAAGGGUCACCUCCAAGCCCAGCGGACUUCGGUUCUUCCUCUUCCUACAUCGAAAAGUUGGGCGUUUCCAACCAAGCAAUUUCAAAAGCCACUUCUUGGAAACCAUCGGGAUAGGUUGAUGGGCACAGGGAUCCCGACCACUUUAAUCUGGGACUAGCCAUCGGGAUCCCCAUCAAUGUUGUCCAUUGUUGCCAAGGUCUUCAAGGUUGGAUUGUCGGAUUAGACUGUUUUCGUGUUAGGCACCAGAUAGUGCGUGGGAAGACCAGUGGUGGAAUUCAAUAUUUUUUUUUUUUACUAUCGGUUCUGUGGGCAUGGCGUGGCUUGGUGGGCAUGGCUGGGGAAAGAUAUUUCAAAAUCCACCAUUCCUUCCCCACUCCAGGGGAAGGAUACUGCAAAAUCCCCAUUCCCUCCCCACUCCUAGGGAAAGGAUUAUUACAAAAAAAUGUUACUUUUAAAAGCAUUUUUUUUACAACCUAUUCGGCCGACUUUAUAAAUCACUUUUUAUAAAGUCAGCACGAUCUAAGAGCCCUUUUUUUUUUUACUUUUAAAAGCAUUCGGACGAAUAAGUUGUAAAAAAAAUGCUUUUAAAAGUAAAAAAAAAAAAAGGCUCGGACGAUCGCGCGGCUCAGCUGCGAUCGUCAGAGCCUCUCUGUUUUUACUUUUUAAAAGCAUUUUUUAAAAGAAGCGGGCAAGCGGGCGAUUGGGUGGGCAUUGGGGGGGGGGCAGGGAUUUUGGCUACCGGUUCUCCGAACCACCCGCCACCAUUGUUACCAGAUCGGUCGAUCCGGUCCGAACCGGGAGCAUUUCACCCCCGGGUUAGACUAGAAGGCCUCUAAGGUCCCUUCCAAUUCCGUUAUUCAGUUAAGUCAAAGAGUUAAUGCAGGAGAGCAGCCCCCCUCCCCACAAGAUAAUGGCAAAUCAUAUCCCUGUAUUUUGGGGCAUUUCUGCACCCCGGUUGGUUUGGGCCGCCCCGAGUAUUAAUCCAAAUUAUACUCACUUCAGCCGGUUUGUGUGAAAAGAGCUCGUAGGUUUUUAGCAUUCCUCCUCGUUGUAAAAGGACUCUUGUUCUGAAAAGACGUAUCAUUGUACGUAUAUAAAUAACUAUACAUAGAAUAUAUUUUGUAAACUGUAUACAGGGAAAUUAUACCGCGCCUACUCACCAUUGUCA